ACGUCUCAGCCGUAAAGCAAUGGAGAUGACAAUACUGAUAUGAGAUAACUGAACACUGGGACGCUACUUUCAAGAAUUUUGUCUAUCUGAAGGUGUUAAAUUCCGACAGAGUGUGAUACAUCCAGUUUGCCAACCUCAUACUCGUUGUUACGCCUAAGCAAAGUAUCUUAUUCAUACUCAGUGUCCCUCUGUGAGGCGAGAAAGCGACGAGAGCCAGUGGAAGAAGAAUUGCUUUUAGCCAGUCAUUGCCAUGGCCUCCGAAAGCGGCGAUAGCAACAUGGAUAGAGAAAUGAUUCUGGCCGACUUUCAGGCUUGCACUGGAAUUGACAACAUUGCAGAAGCAAUCACUCUGUUAGAGCUUAAUAACUGGGAUUUAGUGGCAGCCAUCAAUGGAGUGAUACCACAAGAGAAUGGGAUCUUACAAAGUAACUUUUCCAAUGAGGCGAGCCAGUCCAGCAUGUACGGACCCCCUAGCCAAUCAGAAGCAGCCGAUGCAGCAGCAGGGGGUUCCAUUCCUCCUCCCUCGUCUUCGUCUUCGUCCUCCUCUCCUCCAUCGUCUUCUACUUCAGCUUCUUGUCCCAGCAUCUCCUCCUCCCGACGCAUUGUAGAGCGUCAGCCCCGGAUGCUCAACUUCAGGGUGGAGUACCGGCAGCGCACUGUAGAGCUGGUACUGGAGGAAGGCAGCACAGUCGGAGAAAUCAAACAAAUUCUCGAGACGGAGCUUGGUAUUCCAGUAUCCAAAAUGCAGCUAAAAGGAUGGAAGAGUGGAGAUGUAUCUGACAGUCCCGACAGGGAAGGCAUCCCACCGCGAGGUUUUGAGCAUUCCUGUCAGACGGUGCUGAGAAGUUUACACCUGCCCAAGAACAACAGCCUCUAUGUCCUGACCCCAGAAAUAUCUGCUACUGCCAGUACCAGCAAAAACAGUGCUCUCGAGGAGUCAUUAAACCAGAACUUCUUGCUGGUCAUCAGCCACCGUGAGGCCCAGAGGGACUACAGUCUCAACUUCCCCGGCUCCAGAACCAUACAGGAGGUAAAGAGGAACGUCUCAGACUUGACCAACAUCCCAGUCCGGCAUCAGCAGUGGGAAGGAUGGCCUGCGUCAGCAACUGAUGACUCUAUGACGCUAGCUGUCUCUGGAAUCAGCUAUCCUUGCCAUCACCUCAGUGUUUGUCGAAGGUCCUCACCAGCCAACUCCCAGGAGCCCACAGAAGAGUGUGCAGAUGUUCAUAUGGUCAGCGACAGCGAGGGGGAUGACUUUGAGGAUCCGUCAGAGUUCGGUGUGGACGAUUCAGAGAUGUUUGGAAUGGGCGCCUCCACCUGUCGGAAAGCACCAAUGAUGCCAGAGAACAGUGAGAAUGAAGCUGAUGCCUUACUGCACUUUACUGCCGAAUUUUCCUCAAGGUAUGGAGAGGCCCACCCCAUGUUCUUCAUUGGGUCUUUGGAGGCAGCAUCUCAAGAAGCCUUCUAUGGCAAAGCCAGAGAUAGAAAGCUGCUGGCCAUCUACCUCCACAAUGACGACAGUGUCCUCAGCAACGUCUUCUGCUCCCAAAUGAUGUGUGCUGACUCUAUCGUCUCCUACCUGAGCCAGAAUUUCAUUACGUGGGCCUGGGAUGUCACUAAAGAAGCUAAUAAAGCCAGACUACUCACCAUGUGUACGAGGCACUUUGGCAGUGUGGUGACACAGACUAUACGAACUUACAAGACAGACCAGUUCCCUCUUCUCCUUAUAGUCAUGGGAAAACGAACAUCCAAUGAAGUUCUAAAUGUUAUUCAAGGCAAUACAACAGUGGAUGAGCUGAUGAUGAGGUUAAUGGGCGCAAUGGAAAUCUUUACAGCACAACAACAAGAGGACAUCAAAGAUGAGGACGAGCGAGAGGCAAGAGAGACAGUGAAAAGAGAACAGGACGAGGCCUACCGUCUGUCUUUAGAGGCCGACCGCAAAAAGAGAGAAGCCCAGGAGAGAGAGGAGGCUGAGCAGGUUCGCCAGGAACAGAUGAGAAAGGAGCAGGAGGAGGAGAAGGAGGCUAUCCGCUUGUCAUUGGAGCAGGCCCUACCGCCGGAGCCAGAUGAGGAUUCAGCCGAGCAAAUCAGCAAACUGAGAAUUCGAACACCAAGCGGCGAGUUUCUGGAAAGGCGUUUCCAGGGCAGCUGUAAGCUUCAGGUCCUCUUCGACUUUGUGGCCUCCAAGGGAUACCCUUUUGAAGGGUUCAAGCUCCUCACCACCUUCCCUCGUAGAAAUAUCACCCAGUUGGAACCGGGGUCGACUCUGCUUGAAGCCAAAUUGUUCCCGCAGGAGACGCUCUUCCUAGAGGCUAAAGAAUAGGAAGUGGUCCUCUGAUAGCUGAGAGGACGGAGUGACUGACUGACUGAUGAACUGGCUGGACACACACUAGUCACCGAGCAUGGGCCUCACCAGUCUGGGCCUCCAGUACACACAGCACACACACACACACACACACACACACACACAUACAAAUACACAUAUACACCAACACACCACAUCAUCCUCUCAGACAUCAACAUAAACACACUGGCAUGCACAUCCAGUGACACACAAGUGCAAGUAAGCUUCUCUGCCCCUCGGCCUGGUCGUGGCACCUGAACGCCCCGUGUACAUGUGUUGCACAGAGGAGCAAAGACAGUAUCACAAGCACACAGCCAAACAUUCACCUCCUCUAAAAGAAACCUCCUGUCUCUCUCUUUCUCCUCUAACACAACUCACAACUUCACAUACACAACUGCUGUGUCAUGGUUUUUCUCUCACAAACACAACACAGGACUUCGGCAGAUUUCAGCAUUGAGAGACUGAGUAGACAAAUCGUUGUCACUGGAAAAAAAAAAAGAACUUGUUUCCUUUGUUUCCACAUUCAAAACACUGAGGCUGCUUUUUUAGAACAUGUUUUUUUGUGUUUGAAAUCCAAAAAAAAAAAAAAAAAAAAAAGCUUAAAAAAUUGAAUAAAAUUAACAGCAAGAGGUGAAGUUACCCGGCAGAGAUCUGGGAUGUCUCUUCUCCACCUGCAUUUAUCCUUUUCCAACUUCCAGCCCCCCAAACCCCUUUCUCUGUCUUCCCCUGCCCCUUCUCCCACUCCUGUACCCCUCCGUCCACUGUCUGUUGCAGGGACGAGUUGUGAUGGGACACCUGCGGCGUCUGAAGUGACCCCUCAAUCUCUACUCCCCCCCUCGUUUUUACACCCACCGCUCCAUACGCCAAUGGAUUGCUCAGUUUUCAGUUAUUUUUUCUUUUUUUUUCCUCUUGAUCCUUUUUAAGUUUGAUGCUGUAUUAGUUUUAGUUUGAUAUACAUUAUAUAAAAUAUAUGAAUAUGAACAUCA